AUGUCUGUCUCAGAGGAGCCAAUGUCGUUCGAGCUUGUAAGAAAGCGCGUCAACAGUGGCGAGCUCGACAAGCUAACAAGAUCGCCAGAGGUUAUGGAAAAGUACAAUGCCCACAAACAGUACUUCAGAGAUAAGGGAAUAGAUAUGGUGACUUAUAUUCUUUCGCAUGAAUUGCACUGGGUCCCGGAGGAUACGCCGCUGGACACUCCUUCGCGCGAACUACUGGAGACUGUCGUGAAGCCGGUGGAUAAGCGCCCGUUCGCCAAUGCGCAGGACAUGACUAUAAUACCAAACUCGUAUCCUUAUCAUCUGGAGCCCGGCAUUGAACACCUUUGCGUAUGGGUGAAAUUUCCAUUGCCGCCGGACCCGAACUCCCCAAUGGGAGACAUAUCAGCAAAGGAUAAACUCUUGAUAGAGAAGUACAUCAACGAGACAUUUUGUAACUGGCUGAACAUACCUAGAGAUCAUAUUGCAUGGUUUAAAAAUUGGGCAAAAUUACAAAGCGUGAAGUCGGUUCCUCAUAUUCACGUUAUUAUAAAGGACAUGGACCGACAGGCAUUGGAUAGAGUAUUGCACACGGGUGGGAAGGCUAUAAAUUACGGAGGCGAUGACUGUAAACUAUAG